CUGUGACACAGAAUAUCUGACAUCUAGGCCUCAUUGCUUGCUAGAAUACAUAGCCUCUUUACCUUGAUCAUCAACACCACCAUGGAUCCUAGGACUUCUGUUCUCAAUCUCAGUCGUCAGCCCCCUACGGUUGACUUUAUCAACAAUCGCCUUCCAGACUUCCAUACCGUGUUUGUGGAUCCACCAGUUCACUAUGACCCGAUGGCCAGUCAAUAUGUUCCCAACAGCCAGGUACCUAUUGCAUGGACAGAUACGAAAGCGAUGAGCUUUUGGACAAUAAUAUUCCCAGAAGCAAUGGUCAAGUUCAAGUCGAGCGUGACAGAGCCGAAAGGCCGAUCCAAUACCAGGUACCAUAUCCACGAAAAACCUAAUUGGGAUACCGUGUAUGCGACGCUUGAAUCAGCCAGAAGUAAAUAUCAGAAAGAGGGUGGAAAGGUUGGGUGGCUACGGCAGGUCAGACGAAAGGUUGCCGAUGAUUAUGCCACCCCUCUCGCUCAGGUGACUCAGAUUGCCAAGAAGUGUAUUCCAGAAAACCCUUACUCGACACCGGUGUUAGGCGCCUUGGGAAUCCUCUUAGAUGCUGUGAAGAUUGCCGCAUCCGUUCGCAAAGAAGUGCUCGAAGGGCUUGACGGCCUCAUUCCAAUCUUCUCGGACGUAGAGGUCUUCCUAGGAACAUUUCCUACAGAUUCGACCAUAAGAAAUACCUCGAUAGACUUGAUUAUCACAACCUUGGAAGCUGUGGAGCAAGCCAUUGGCUUUUUCAUAAGCAAUGAAUUCCUCAAGGGUGGCAAGGCUUUCUUCAUGAGGGAAGAAUACGAAAAGACACUUGUUGAAGCACUUGGGAAGAUUGGAAAGAAAAGCAAAAGUCUCAUGGAAGAAGCGGCAAAAUCGCACAUGCUCGAUUCUCAAUGGUACUCCCAAGAGACCCAAAAACUCCUCAAUAGACUGGUGAAAGGCCAGAAGGAUAUGGCUGAUACUUUGAAUUCGGUUGAGCAAAUGCUUUCGGAACAUGUGAGGGAAAAAGAUCGGGAGCUUGAAGCCGCAAGACAGGGAAACCUCUUUCUCAGAUUCGAGAAUGAAAGAUUACAAUCCAUAUCGCCCAUGCCAUCGCUUCAAUUUCUGCCGCCCUCUCAGCCCCAGCGGCUAGUCGCCGAGUGGGGUAUGAAUCAAGAAGCCCUACGCCGACUUCUAGAUAUCCCAGAUCUAGAUCUCGCCGAUAUGGACUUCAUUUCGGACAGGAAAACCCAAUUACCAGCGAAACAACGUGCCCAAGUCGAACAGAUCGUCAACACACAGUUGUUUCGCAACUGGAUCGUGUCUCCUUCAGGCGCCAAACUCUUGGUUCAAUGGACCUCCCGCCCACCCAGUACCAUUGCCGAAGUCUCACCCCUUUCCGGAAAACCACGAUUCAUGUCGGUGCAAUGGUUUUGCGGGCAGCACAUCGAGCCAUCCCAGCCUGGUCGCUCAAUCGGUGGUCGGGCCAUACUUCUCAGUCUCAUUGACCAACUUCUCCGCCAGCACGUAUUCGACAUGCAACUCCUGCACCAGGCAAUAAACUUGGCAGUUCUGCAAGGUCGCGAGCUUAGAGAGCUAUUCAACCUUUUUCACUGGCUGAUGCGUAGGCUACCCCAGGCUAUCACACUGUUCUGCAUCAUCGACGGCGUAUUUCUUUAUGAGAGGGAGGAGUUUUGCGAGGAGGCGCUGCAAGUCCUGGCCGAACUUUUGCAAUUUACGCAGGAUCAGAGCGUACCGGCUACGGUCAAGGUGCUCUUUACGAGUACGCCGGGGCCAGAUAUAGUGAAGGCGCCGUUUGAGAAGGACGAAGUGGUUCUGAAUGUGGAUACGUUGCCGCGGUUGGCGUGGGCGCCGAGCGGGGAGCGUAUGGCAAGAGAGCUGGGUAACGGACUUGGUGAACAGGUUUACGAGUGUUGA